UGUGUGUGUGUGUGUGUGUGUUUAAGCAGCAGGAAUGCCAUUCCGUCUCCCUCUUCAGAGGCAGGCCCUGGGGAUGGACUCUGCUUCUUCCCUUGGCAAAGGCGACAAUAAUGGCUAGCACGGCAGCAGUGCUCACCUGGGCUCUGGCCCUCUUCUCAGCGCUUCCAGGCACCCAGGCCGGGAAAGGCUUCUGGGACUACUUCAGCCAGAGCAGCCGGGACAAAGGCAGGGAGGAGCAGAGCCAGCAGCAGAAGCUGGCAUGGGAGUCCGCGAGCCUGAAAGGCAACCUUGAGCAAGAUCUCAGCAACCUGAACACGUUCCUGAAAAAGCUGGAGCCUCUGAGUGCACAGGUGCAGGAGUCCCCUCGGCUGCCACUCGAUCCGGAAGGCGUUCGGCAGCAGCUGCAAGAAGAGUUGGAGGAGGUGAAGGCACGCCUGGAGCCCUAUAUGGCGGAGGUGCACGAGCUGGUGGGCUCAAACUUAGAGGGGCUGCGGCGGCAGCUGAAGCCCUAUACGCUGGAGCUCAUGGAACAGGUGGCUCUGCACGCUCAAGAGCUGCAGGAGCAGUUGCGUGUGGUGGGAGAGGACGCCAAGGCCCAGCUGCUGGAGGGUGUGGACGGCCUAUGGCGGGGACUACAGGGCCAUGUGGUGCACCACACCGGCCGUGUCAAAGCCCUCUUCCACCCUUAUGCCGAACGCUUGCUGAGCGGCAUUGGGCGCCACGUGCAGGAGCUGCACCGCAGUGUAGCCCCCCAUGCCGCCGCCAGCCCCGCGCGCCUCAGCCGCUGUGUACAGGCUCUCUCGCACAAGCUCACGCUCAAGGCCAAGGCCUUGCACGCACGCAUUCAGCAGAACCUGGACCAGCUGCGCGAUGAACUCAGCGCCUUUGUGGGUGCGGAAGGGGCCGAGGAGGGGCCCGGACCAGACCCCCAGCUUCUCUCUGAGGAGGUGCGCCAGCGACUGCAGGCUUUCCGUCAGGACACUUUCCUGCAGAUCGCUGAUUUCACUCAGGCCAUCGACCAGGAGACGGAGGAAGUUCAGCAGCAGCUGGCGCCGCCCCCUCCAGGCCACAGUGCUUUCGCCCCUGAGUUGCGACAGAUGGACAAUGGCAAGGCCCUGAGCAAGCUACAGGCACGUCUGGAUGACCUGUGGGAAGACAUUACCCACAGCCUCCAAGAUCAAGGCCACGGUCACUUGGGAGCGCCCUGAGGGUCUUGCUUCUGCAGACCCAUUCAUCAACUCAGUCUGGAGAGCUGAGGAUCUGAGCCUCCGUUAGGACACAGCCCCUGGGCGGAGGGUGGAGGGUUCUGUGGGAUAGUUGAGGCCACUAAAGGGGAUGCUGGUAUCUGGUCCUCUACAACGCCUCCGUGUGGAUGCAUUACACUCAGGUGUUGCAAAGCCAGCUUCCCGUGAUCAUUUAGGAAUCCUUAAGAGUGGCUCCUUUCCGGACUGGAGGGUGUGGGGAGGGGCCUGGGUGCAGCACAGGUCGUUUUCCGUAAGUCUGUCAGGUGCUUGAAUCCUGUGCCACCACUAGGGGCGCAUCCUGCAAUCAAGCUCAAAGCCCACUGUGGCCACCUGGUGGCCAGUGACGUCGCUGGUCCUAUGUCUUACUGGAGCUCUUACUGGGGCAGCCUUGGGGCGGCUUUUUGG